AUGACCUCAAUUGCUGAUAACUUUUAUAGCAAGCUAUCACGUAAUGAAGAAGAAUCUAUUCAUCCUGAUGAAGCCUUUCAAUUGGAAUUAACGUCCUUUGACGAUGCCACGAAAAAAGCCAGUCUUGGCAAUGAAGAUCAAUCAUUCGAUAUAGGUCAAGAGGAUCCGCUAACAGAGGAUAUAUAUCUCUCAAAUGAAGCCAAGUCGAAUAGAUAUAUGGCUUUUAUGAAUAUGGCAAAUAGUAUUUUAGGAUCUGGGGUCAUUGGGCAGCCUUUUGCCAUGAAAAAUUGCGGAAUCAUAGGAGGGUUAAUAGCUACACUGUUCAUGUCAUAUUUAGUUGAUUGGACAAUUCGUCUGAUUAUAGUAAAUUUAAAACUAACAGGAAGGACUACUUAUCAAUCAUCUGUUGAAGCAGCGAUGGGUAAAUGGGGAGGAGUUGUAAUACUAAUAACAAAUGGAUUAUUUGCAUUUGGAGGAUGUAUAGGCUUUUGCAUUAUUAUCGGCGAUUCAAUUCCUCAUGUACUAGCUGCCUUUUUCCCUUCUCACGCUCACAUAUUUCAUCGUAAUAUUAUUAUUACUUUGGUAACUGUAUUUAUAUCAUACCCAUUGUCUCUCAACAGAGACAUAUCAAAAUUGUCAAAAACUUCCAUGAUAGCACUUAUCGGAUUAGUUGUUAUUGUUAUUAUCAUUGUUAUUAAGGCGCCUUUAACCAGUAGUGAAUAUAAAGGAUCAUUCCAAAUACAUCACUAUUUUAUUACUCCAAGAAUAUUCCAAGGAAUAUCCGUUAUAUCAUUUGCGUUGGUGUGCCAUCAUAACUCCAGUUUUAUUUUCUUUUCCUUGAGAAACCCAUCAUUAAAGCGCUUCAAUCAAUUGACUCAUGUGAGUCUCAUACUUUCUUGUGCUAUUUGCUUGACUACUGCAUAUUCUGGCUUCUUGAAUUUCAAGGACAAGACGCAAGGCAAUAUACUGAACAAUUUUCCUGCCGAUGAUAACGUUAUAAAUUUUGCAAGACUUCUCUUGGGCCUGAACAUGCUAACAACUUUUCCAUUAGAAAUAUUUGUCUUAAGAGAUGUGGUGAGAGACAUAAUGUAUUAUUCGAAUGAAAGAACAGAACCCAAAAAACUUUCACUUAAGAUGCAUGUUAUAAUAACAUCUUUUCUCGUAUUUACAAUAAUGUGCAUUGCUCUACUAACUUCGAACCUUGGUGCUCUUUUAGAGAUCAUUGGCGCAACUACAGCCUCAUUAAUGGCAUAUAUUCUCCCUCCAUUGACCAAUAUUGUUAUUACUGGAAAAUCUAAAUCGUUAAAGGAAAAACUCCCUUAUUUUGGUUGCAUUGCAUUUGGUUUUAUCAUUAUGUUUGUCAGCACAUCCCAGACUAUAAUGGAAGCAUUUUCAUGA